UUCAACUAGUUUGGUUUCUCCAAAAGCUCAGUGUAUUCCUCUGUAAAAAAGCUAUGCCUUUACUUCUCUCUCUCUCGUCUUUCCUAAUUGGGCCCCUCAUCAGGACUCAUCACUAGUGACUGUAUUGUCAGCUGAUAUUAAUACUUAGUGCUUCACUGGCUAAACCCACCAUCAAAACCAGUCUCUGGUCUCUCUACCGCUAAGCUUGGCUAUACCUACUCUCACUCUCUCUCUCUCUCUCUCUCUCUCUGAGUGUGAUUUCCUCAAACAACUGAUCUCUUCUAAUUUCUUGCUUUGUUUCUUUACCACCCACUAGCUCCACCAGUUCCCUUCCCCUUCUUGCUAACAUAAUCAAUUAUUCUUGUUUGUUCAUAAACUAAUCUACACUUCACCAUUUUCAUUUGAUUAAGCUUCUCCCCUACCCCUCAACCCAACCCCCCCCCCCCCCCCCGCCCCGCCCAAAAAAAAAAAAAAAAGCCAAAGAAAGACUGUUUUUCUUUUGCAGCUUCUUUGUGACUGGAAAAUGGGAAAAUGGAAGGUGCAGUUGGCGACGGUGCGUGAGCAUGAACUAGCUAUACACCAAGAUAUAUUCUCCAAGGGAAGUUCAUCCUCUUAUUGUCUUCUUUCUUUAUGAUCUUCUCUACUUUAUAGCUAUUUCUCGACCGAUUAAUUUCUUUUUUGUUGAUCAUCCUUCUUGGGAGUCUUUGAUGAGUGCAUGGUGACCACCUUUACUCCCUCUCCCUCCCUCCUUCCCUCUGUCUAUCUAUCUAUCUGUUUCAAAUUAAUGAAAGAGGAACACUAGCACUAUUUGCUAGCUAGGUACUACAACUGGUAUAUACAUAUUUAGGGAGAUAUAUGUAUAUUCAAAGUGGAUGUGGCUCAAGAGUGAUCAAGAUCCUUUUAAUUAAUUGCUAUACUACGUUCUUUAAUCAAAAGGAUUAAUUAUAUAUUGGCCCCAUAUUCAAACCCUCCAAUUCUCUUUCUCUCUCUCUUGUUCCUUCUCUUUUGGUCUCCAAUUACCAAACAAACAAGACCCAAAUCAUUAAAAUAAUAGUUAGAGGAAAAAGAGAGAAAGAUCCAUCUGUCUAUUCUAGCUAAAGGAUAGAUUAAUUAAUUAAUUAAUGAUGGAUCAUCUUUCAAGUCAAGAAGGAGAGAUCCCAAUCACAAUCCCAAGCCCAAUCCCGAUCCUAAUAAAUACGUCCUUUGGAAGUGGUGGGCAUGGACACUUGAUCCAUCAUCAUCACCAGCAGCCCCCCCAUGACCCUACAUCAGCAGCAGCAAGAGCACCAGUGCCCCAGAACAACAACAAGCACUCCAAUUUUCUUCCCUCCUCAGCAGUGGUGCCCCAAAAUCAAAUCCCCUCCAACACUAAUGGCUCUAUUCCCAUGCCCACAAGCCUGGAUCAUUCUCAUGAGGAGGAGGUGGAGCAUCAUGUCAACAAUGCAAAUGCAAAUGUUGUGCCCUACAAAUACAGCACUUUUAAUAAUAAGAAAGUUGGGCACAAUGGGGUGAGGUACAAGGAGUGCCUCAAGAACCAUGCAGCAGCCAUGGGAGGGACUGCCACGGAUGGCUGUGGCGAAUUCAUGCCCAGUGGAGAAGAGGGUACCAUUGAAGCCCUCAGUUGCUCUGCCUGCAACUGCCACAGAAACUUCCACAGAAAAGAAGUUGAAGGUGAGCAGCAGCAGCUCUCCUCUUGGGAUCAUAAUUUCCAUCAUACCAUCAACAGGGCGGUUGGAAUUGGGAGCAGGAAAUUCUUAUUAAAUCAUGGAGGAGGAGGAGGAGGAGGAGGAGGACAUCACAAGAGUUUACUAGCACCACCCCAAUACCCCCACCAACCCCAGAUGCUAAUGCCUAACUAUAACAUGGGGAUGGGGAUGCUGGGGAUGCUGGGGUCCAUCCCUUCAGAUCAAUCUGAUGAGCCGGAAGAUCAUCAUCAUCUUCAUCAUGGUGGUGGUGGUGGUGGUGCAGUGGGCAGCAGGUCACCAGUAGGACAGGUAGCAAAGAAAAGGUUCAGGACAAAGUUUACACAGGAGCAGAAGGAAAAAAUGCUAAACUUUGCAGAGAAAGUAGGGUGGAAGAUUCAGAAGCAGGAAGACUCAUUUGUCCAAAACUUCUGCCAAGAGAUUGGGGUCAAGAGAAGGGUUCUCAAGGUUUGGAUGCACAACAACAAACACAAUCUAGCCAACAAGAUCAAACCACCACCCCCUUCCCCACCUGCCCCUUAAUCAUCAAUAUUUAGCUAGUUUCUGCUUAACCCUACCCUUAAAAGUACUCUAUCAUUAUUAUCAUCUUUAAUUUACACUGUCUUUUUUUUCUUCAGUCAUGUUCUCCUUUUUCAUCUCCAAUUUACUUGGGUUUUCUUUAUAUAUGUAAUAUCAUUGGUGUAUCCAUGGUUAUGCAAUGUAGUUUGGGAUAUCUUGGUUUGGCAAUGGGCAGUCAGUUUUGUUGGUAGUUUCAUUAUUUCACCAUGGAAAUAAUGGAUCGAGAGACUGAUCUCUACUUAGAGGUGCAGGUUGCUUCA